AUGAAAUCUAAUUUUGCACCAACUUCAUUCUUUCCUGAAGCUGAAAAUGAUUUGUUUUAACCUUAUAAAAAUCUUGUUACGAUUUUACAGAACCCUAGUAAAACAUUGAAAGAUGCUGAGGCAAUUUACUAGUAGAUAGAAAACCAUCCUUAUAUAAAAAAAUUCUUUGGAGAAAACAUUUCAGAUAAAUCUGCAGCUCUUUAACUUUGUAAAAACAUGUCUGUCCAGUUUUUUAAAAGAGGAGAUAUUGUUAUGGCUCAAGGAGAUUAAAGUGAUAAUAAGCUCUACGUAAUACUCGAAGGAAAAGUAGGGAUAGUUAUAAAUUUUAAAGGACCAAAACCUCCUGAUGGUGCAAUAUACGACAGAGAUUUAUAGGAGAAGUUAGAAAGAGAAUAGUAGGAGUCUAUAUAAAGCUAAGAAGACAAGAUUGAUGAAGAACUAAUAAAAAGAAUCAUUUCAAUAUUUAAAAAAGAUAAAGAGGAUGAUAAAAAGAAGUAUGUACCUUUUGGCGAGGAACCUGAAAUGCAAAAGAGAGUUGCUAUUAACAAGCAUUUAAAUGAUCUAAUUGAAAAUAAGAAUAGUAUUCUUAAGCCAAAAGAUGAUCAUAAAUUUACAAUAAGCUAGUCUAAAUAAAUGAUGAAAAAUAGAUCUUCAUCUAUCUUCAAGCCUCCGUUUAAAUAGCUUUUAAUGAUUAUUUAAUAAAAAAAGAAAGAAAAACAAUAGAAAGAGGUUGUAUACUCACAUAAACCUAGUCUUCAUUUAGAUCUUGAAGGGACCUAAAGUAGAAGUUUAGAGAAAAAAAACAGCUUUAUUUCUCCUACAGAUACUCCUAAAGCUAGAAAACUUUAGACUGAGUUAUAGGAAACAAAAGAAAAAAAAUAUUAAUAAUAGAUUGAAUCCUUUGGUACUAAAGUAAACGAGAUUGGUAAAGGUACUGGGUUUGGUGAUAAGGCUUUAUUAGCUGCGAACCCCAAGCAAGCUGUUCGUAACGCAACAAUUAUUUGCACAACUCCUGUAUUAUGUAUCAUAGUGUACAGAAAAGAUUUUUUGAGAGUAGUAGAAAAUUUCUCUGCUGAAGCUAUUUUAAAGGAAAAAACAAUAACGAGAUAGUUUAAAUUCUUUAAAGAUGUUAGCUCUACUUCAUUAAAGGAGAGAUUACUUUAUUAUUUUUAAGAUAUAAAUUUAUUGAAAAACGAAUAUGUGUGCAAGGAAGGAGAAUAUGCAGAAGGUUUGUAUAUUUUCGCAGAAGGAAAAGUCACACUAUAAAAAAAAUAUGAAGACCAAAAAAAUAUAUACUACUAAAAGUAUUCAAACAUAAGCAUUUGUACAAUAGAAAGACCUACUUUUUUUUGUGAGGAAGUGAUUUUUAGUAAGGAAGAAAAACCAAAGUGCAAAUACACUAUUUAAGUUACAAGUCAAAAAGCUCACUUAUAUUUUUGUUCAAAGUAAAAUUUUCUUUACAAGUUUCCCAAAGACGCUAUUGAGGAAUUAAACUAGUUUUACUAAGCAAGAGACUUAUCGUAUUAGUAAUUAUUUGACCAUUGUAAAGAAGUACAAUUUAAUAAUGAUCAAAUUAAGAAAUAAAAUGAGAAGGCCAUGAAUGAUAAUGCCCAUUAUAUGAAUUUUUAGCAAAAUAAAGAACUUUUUACACAAAUGAAAAGCGCUUGUAUAGAUUAUUAAGUAAAAAAAGUUGUGCCUAAACUUAUCGAUUAAUUUGAGAAUCAGCAACAUCUUGUUACAUAAAAUAAUAAAAUAAAAUUGAAUGAUGACUUUGAUCCUACUGUUUAAGAUUUUUGUUCAAGAGUUGACUUUGUUAUGAAGAAGAAUAUAGAAGAGAGGGAAAUGGUCAAAAAAAUUAUUAAAUAAAAAAAAAUAAAGACAGACAAAAGAACCUUCAAAUAGAAGCAAAGUUCCUACAAAUUUGGCAAAUAAAAUUCUCAGUAAAUUUCAUUUGAGGAAGAUGAGAUUAUUUAAAGUGGAGAAGAGUCAAACUAAAAUGCUGAUAAAAAAUUGAGUGUUGAUUCUGAAGAAAAGAUCAAGCUAUUAAGAAAUAUUUUUUCAAAAGGAAAAAAAAUGAACUUGAAUGAUAUUGAUCUAAACUUAUUUUAUAGGAAUUAGGAAGAAUUAUAUGAAGAUUCUGAUGUGAAUUUAUUGUUAGACAUUAGGAAACCAAAAAAAGCUUAGUAAUCUUAUAAUACAUAGAAAUCAUAAGAAAUUAAUGAUUAAACUAUGGAAAUUGUCCCUAAUAUUUAAAGCAUUCAAUAUCCUAACUCUCCUUCAAAUAAAGGAGACUCAUCACCAACUAAAAAAAAUUUUGAAUUUUAAAAAUAUGAUUAUUCUAAUUUUGAAGCUGACGAAUUAAAGACUCCUCCACCUGAACUAAAUAAAACACAGAGCUAACUAAAAACCAAAUUAAACUAAAAUGAAUUAGACAUAGGAUACCUAGAGAUGUUUAAAAAGCAAUAAUAUUUUUACAUGGUUAGAAAAGGAGCCAUCAAGAUAAACCAUAACACCGAGUUUCCUUAGCUUGACUUAAGAAAAAAAAUACUUAAGAAGAUAAAAAAAAGAAAAAGUUAAAUAACUGAUGGAGAAAAAUUCUCGCACUCUUUUUGUUUAAGUCCAUAGAUUAAAAAACAAUAAUUUCUUAAUAAAUGUGCUAGCUACGAUAUAUAAUAGUAAGAUGAAGUAAUUAAAAUAAAUUCAUCAAAUUAUACUGAUAUUACUUCACAGAUACAAAAUGAGGAAAAUGCAUUUACAGAUAGAAGCGAUCCUACUAUUUAAUUAAAUAAAAUUUUUGAAACAUUUUAACCUAGUCCAGACUUUAGACUUAAGCAUCACUCUGUUAGUGAAAUAAAAUCUCCUUUUAUGAAAUAGAAAAAUAGUAAAAAGAGUUCGUUUAGAGAUGUAAUAAAAAGUGGGGAUAAAGAUAAUGUACUAAAGAGCCAGCAAAGCAAAAAUGGAAAUAAAGGCAGAUUUUCUAAAAAUACAAUUUAAAUUACAGAGGACUUUAAGAAUCUCGAAGGACUUUAGUAAGUAAAAAGUGACUUAGAAGCUAAAUCUUAGUCACAGAUAUAAUUUAAUAAAUUAGAAUUUCCAAAUUCAUAAGAAAGUAUUUAAUGCCUUGAUAAAGGGGGAUUUUUAAGUCCAAAAAAUAAUAUUGGUUCUAUGUUUUACAACAAAACUUCUUCUGAUUAGCCAUUACUCCCUUAUUUAAGUUGCACUAACGAGUAUUCAACACCAAGUUCAAUUCAAACAAAAAAGUAAAGUGAUAUUCAAACAAAUAAAAGCCAAUCACUUACAAAACAAGAUAUUAAAUUAGCUCAAAUUAAUUAAGGAUUUACUCCAACAGGAGUAGGAUCUCGAUUAAAUGGGCUCAACAGCUGUGUAGUAUAACCUAAAAUUGUGAGUGCUUAGAAUUCUUAGAAAAAGGAUCAUUAAUUUUACUUAACAACAAGAAGUGAAGAAGUUACAAACAACAAUGCUUUCUUUGGAAAUCCAAAUAAUUUUUAAAUUACAUCUUUUUCGUAUCAGCUUAAAUAACUUUAGUAAUAGUAAUAGCAAUAGCAACAGCAAUAAUCCUAGCAAACAAAUUAAUCUCAAUCUAAAAAAUUAAUUAGUGGAGAUAUUAGCUCAGUUAAUAGAGCAAAUAAGUAUUUGAAGUAUAAAACAAAUUAAACCAAUGAGAUAAACAAUUUAUAAAGUGCUCCUAAUUUAAGAAAAUCAUAUCAUCAAGAGUAGAAUCCAUAACAAAAGGAAUUCUUUUUCAAAUAAAACUUUAAAAACAAUAGUUCAAGAAAUUCAUAAAAUAUGACAUAGCAAUUAAAUUAAACAGGUACAUAGACCAAGAAUGAAAAGAGUGUUUAUCCUUAAACAGUUCGUACAUCUUAAUAUAACUUCAAGAUUGAUGCAUCAAAAAACUGUGAAGAUAUGAAUUCUCUUUAAAAAUAUUUAGUAGAAAAUAAUGAAAUAUAUUAAGAUUAAGGAGAAGACAUAAAUUCAGAAAUCAGGACAACAACUAAGAAAGACAUUUGUUUGCAGACUUUAGCUGCUGGUAAUUUUCCACAGAAUAAGCAAUCUCUUUAAGGGAACUCUUCAGAUGUCUCAAAUUUCGCUUCAUUUAAUUAAACAAAUGGAAAUUUUACUUUUAAAAACCAUUUGAAAAAAGUUUUUGUAACUCGCUAAAAAAUAUUUAAAGCAGAAAAUCACUUAAAACCAAAUCUAUCAUACUUAUAACCUUUGUAAAAUUCAAAAGAACUUAAAUUAUCUCCUCACUUUUUUGCAAAUACUUAAUAAUAACCAGCAAAGUGA